CGGCCGGGCCGCAGGGAUGGAUGCAUUACUUUUAGACCGGUGCACCAAUUCUCAACGACCGAAAGGACACGUCCAGUAAAGUCUCUUCCAUUCGAACGAGAUAAACAGUCCAUGCGUUGGAUGUUGUGCUGCGUUCCUACUGCACCCGUCCACCCUCCCACCCCUCUAAAUUAUCUGCCUUUUGGGGACUGUCUCCACGCAACACCACCCUCAUCCUAAUUCCAGCACGCCUUCUCUCCCAGCGUUGCUGUUCCUUCCUUAGACACACUAUACCCCUCCUUGCGCCGUGUAUUAGACUAGAGAUACCCAUUGAGCUCCGCCGAGCUUUGGCAGCUUCUCUCCCACCGCGACUCGCCCACCCACCUGCACCCCACGCAUUCCCUGCACCAUGCGUCCCGAGGUUGAGCAGGAGCUCUCGCACACGCUGCUCAUUGAGCUGCUUGCAUACCAAUUUGCCUCGCCCGUGAGGUGGAUUGAGACGCAGGAUGUGGUCCUCGGCGAGAACACCACAGAGCGCAUCGUCGAAAUUGGCCCCGCAGACACACUCGGUGUGAUGGCCAAGCGCACACUGGCCUCCAAAUACGAAGCUCACGACGCGGCGCUGUCUGUCCAGCGUCAAAUCCUGUGCUACAAUAAGGACGCCAAAGACAUCUACUACGAUGUAGACCCUGUCGAGGACGAGCCAGAGGCCGCGCCCGCUGCCAGCGGAGGUGCCCCAGCAGCAGCUUCGUCAGCCCCAGCAGCAGCAGCAGCCCCUGUGGCCGCCGCCCCUGCUCCCGGCGCUGGUCCGGCUGCCCAGGUGCCAGACGCGCCCAUCACAGCGACCGACAUUCUGCGGGCAUUGGUUGCACAGAAGCUGAAGAAGCCUCUCAUGGACAUUCCUUUGAGCAAAGCCAUCAAGGACUUGGUUGGAGGCAAGUCCACACUUCAGAAUGAGAUUCUCGGAGACUUGGGCAAGGAAUUCGGUUCCACGCCCGAGAAGCCCGAAGACACACCCCUCGACGAGCUCGGUGCUGCGAUGCAGGCUACCUUCAAUGGUCAGCUUGGAAAGCAAUCCUCCUCCCUCAUUGCCCGCAUGGUGUCCUCCAAGAUGCCUGGUGGCUUCAACAUCACAGCUGUGCGAAAGCACCUCGAGACAAGAUGGGGUUUGGCGCAGGGACGCCAGGACGGAGUCCUUCUCCUUGCUAUCACAAACGAGCCAGCGGCGCGUCUCGGCUCUGAGGCCGACGGCAAGGCGUUCUUGGACGAGCAAUCCAACAAGUACGCUUCGAAUGCCGGCAUCAGCUUGUCUGCUCCCACAGCUAGUGGUGACGGCGGCGGUGCUGGUGGAGGCAUGAUGAUGGACCCUGCGGCCAUCGACGCCCUCACCAAAGAUCAACGCCAGCUCUUCAAGCAGCAGCUGGAGCUGUUUGCCAGAUACCUCAAGAUCGACUUGCGCGCUGGCGACAAGUCUUUCGUUGACUCGACAAAGGCACAGUCUGCGCUUCAAGCGCAACUGGAUCUUUGGACCACCGAGCACGGCGAAUUCUACGCUUCUGGAAUUGAACCUCAAUUCACUCCCCUCAAAGCUCGUGUUUAUGACUCGUCUUGGAACUGGGCACGUCAAGACGCCCUUACCAUGUACUACGACAUCAUCUUCGGUAAGCUCAAGGCUGUUGACCGCGAGAUCGUCAGCCGCUGCAUUGCCAUCAUGAACCGAUCGAACCCUCUCCUCCUCGAUUUCAUGCAGUAUCAUAUGGACCACUGCCCGACCGAGCGCGGCGAGACGUAUGAGCUCGCCAAGGAGCUCGGUCAGCAGCUUAUUGAUAACUGCCGAGACGUUCUCAACGAACCUCCUGUCUACAAGGACGUCGCCGUGCCUACCGCACCACACCUCGAGAUUGAUGCCCGUGGUAACAUGAACUACGAGGAGGCACCUCGCGCCAGUGUUCGCAAGCUUGAACACUACGUUCGUGAGAUGGCUGAGGGAGGCAAGCUCUCCGAGUAUGGCAACCGCACAAAGGUCCAGAACGAUCUGCAGCGCAUCUACAAGCUCAUCAAGCAGCAGCACAAGCUUUCCAAGUCAUCGCAGCUGCAGAUCAAGAGCUUGUACAGCAAUGUCAUCCGCUCACUCUCCAUGAAUGAGGGACAGAUCAUGCCUAACGAGAACGGCAAGAAUGGAAAGCGCGGCCGCAACACCCGUGCGAAUGGCUCCACCAAGCAGGGCAAGGUCGAGACCAUUCCCUUCCUUCACUUGAAGAGGAAGGACGACAACGGCUGGGAAUACAGCAAGAAGUUGACGGGCGUCUACCUCGACUGCCUCGAGAAUGCUGCCAGCAAUGGUGUCACCUUCCAGGGCAAGUACGCUCUGAUGACAGGUGCUGGUGCAGGCUCCAUUGGUGCCCAAGUCCUGCAAGGUCUCAUUAGCGGCGGGGCCAAGGUCGUUGUCACUACCUCCAGGUUCUCCCGUGAGGUCACCGAGUACUACCAGUCCAUGUACACCCGCUACGGUGCUCGCGGCUCUCAGCUCAUCGUGGUGCCAUUCAACCAGGGCAGCAACCAGGAUGUUGAGGCGCUUGUUGACUACAUCUACGAUCCUAAGAAGGGCCUAGGCUGGGACCUUGAUCUCAUUGUUCCCUUUGCUGCCAUCCCCGAGAACGGUCGUGAGAUUGAUAGUAUUGACUCCAAGUCUGAGCUUGCUCACCGCAUUAUGUUGACGAACCUUUUGCGCAUGCUCGGUGCAGUUAAGAAACAGAAGCAGACCUUCGGCUUCGAAACUCGUCCCGCCCAAGUCAUCCUUCCUCUUUCGCCUAACCACGGUACUUUCGGUAACGAUGGUCUGUACUCUGAGUCCAAGAUGUCUCUCGAGACCCUCUUCUCAAGGUGGCACUCUGAGAGCUGGGGCAACUACCUCACCAUUUGUGGUGCUGUCAUCGGCUGGACUCGUGGUACUGGUCUCAUGGGUGCGAACAACGUCGUUGCUGAAGGCAUUGAAAAGUACGGUGUUCGCACCUUCUCACAGCAGGAGAUGGCCUUCAACUUGCUUGGUUUGAUGGCACCGGCGAUCGUCAACCUUUGCCAAGUCGAGCCUGUCUGGGCUGACUUGAACGGCGGCUUCCAAUACAUCCCUAACCUCAAGGACCUCAUGACCGAUCUCCGCAAGGAGCUCAACGAGACAAGCGAUGUUCGAAGGGCUGUUAUCAAGGAGAAUGCCAUUGAGAACAAGGUUGUCAACGGUGAGGCUAGUGAAGCCUUGUACAAGAAGGCAAAGAUUGAACCAAGAGCCAACCUGAAGUUCGACUUCCCCAAUCUGCCCGAUUGGGAAACAGAGGUUAAGCCUCUCAACGAGGACUUGAAGGGCAUGGUUGAUCUGGAGAAGGUUGUAGUUGUUACCGGAUUUGCCGAGGUUGGUCCUUGGGGUAACUCGAGGACCCGCUGGGAGAUGGAAGCCUACGGCGAAUUUUCGAUUGAGGGUUCCGUCGAGAUGGCAUGGAUCAUGGGUCUCAUCAAGAACCACAAUGGUCCACUCAAGGGCAAGAGCUACUCUGGAUGGGUUGACGCCAAGACUGGCGAGCCGGUUGACGACAAGGAUGUUAAGCCGAAGUACGAGAAGUACAUUCUUGAGCACAGCGGUAUCCGUCUCAUCGAACCCGAGCUUUUCAACGGUUACGACCCCAACAAGAAACAGCUUAUGCAGGAGAUCCAGAUCGAGGAAGACCUCGACCCAUUUGAGGCGUCGAAGGAGACUGCUGAGGAGUUUAAGCGCCAGCAUGGAGACAAGGUCGAAGUUUUCGCUAUUGAGGAGUCCGGCGAGUACACCGUUCGUAUGAAGAAGGGUGCUACCCUCAUCAUCCCCAAAGCUCUUCGCUUCGACCGUCUCGUUGCUGGUCAAAUUCCCACUGGUUGGGACGCAAAGAAGUACGGUGUGCCAGACGACAUUAUUUCCCAAGUCGAUCCUGUCACUCUCUUCGUCCUUGUGUCGACAGCAGAGUGUCUGCUUUCCAGUGGUAUCACCGACCCUUACGAGUUCUACAAGUAUGUUCACUUGUCAGACGUCGGCAACUGUGUCGGUUCUGGUAUCGGUGGUACCACUGCUUUGAGAGGAAUGUACAAAGACCGCUUCCUCGACAAGCCCGUUCAGAAAGAUAUUCUUCAGGAGUCCUUUAUCAACACUAUGAGUGCCUGGGUCAACAUGUUGCUCAUGUCGUCCACUGGUCCCAUCAAGACUCCGGUCGGUGCGUGCGCUACUGCCGUCGAGUCGAUCGAUAUCGGUUACGACACCAUUGUUGAGGGCAAGGCUCGUGUCUGCUUUGUUGGUGGAUUCGAUGACUUCCAAGAGGAAGGCUCAUACGAGUUCGCUAAUAUGAAGGCUACCAGCAACGCAGAGGAUGAGUUCGCUCACGGUCGCACACCGAAGGAGAUGUCACGUCCUACCACCACCACCCGUAACGGAUUCAUGGAAUCGCAAGGUUGCGGUAUGCAGGUCAUCAUGGAUGCUAAGCUGGCGCUGGACAUGGGUCUCCCUAUUUACGGUGUUCUUGGUUUCACUGCCACUGCCACCGACAAGAUUGGUCGCUCAGUUCCUGCUCCCGGUAAGGGUGUGUUGACCACUGCCCGUGAGCAGGCCUCUAAGUUCCCCUCGCCUCUGCUCGACAUCAAGUACAGGAAGCGCCAGAUGCAACUUCGACGCAAGCAGAUCAAGCAGUGGCAGGAAUCCGAGCUUCUGUAUCUCCAAGAAGAAGUCGCUGCCAUCAAGGACUCUGGCUCCGAGGACUUCAACGAGGCUGAGUACCUUCAGGAGCGUGCCAAUCACAUUGAGCUUGAGGCUCAUCGACAAGAAAAGGAUGCACUCAACAGCCUUGGCAACAACUUCUGGAAGAAAGACCCACGCAUCGCACCUCUCCGCGGUGCCCUUGCCACUUGGGGUCUUACGAUCGAUGAUCUCGACGUUGCUUCUUUCCACGGGACAUCAACCGUCGCUAACGACAAGAACGAAUCCAGUGUCAUCUGCGAACAGAUGCGUCACCUUGGCCGCAAGAAGGGCAACGCGUUGCUCGGUAUCUUCCAGAAAUACCUCACUGGUCACCCCAAGGGCGCUGCUGGAGCAUGGAUGUUCAACGGUUGUCUGCAGGUUCUCAACACAGGUCUUGUUCCUGGAAACCGUAACGCAGACAAUGUCGAUAAGAUCAUGGAGCAGUUCGACUACAUCGUCUAUCCCUCGGAGUCAAUCCAGACCGAUGGUAUCAAGGCUUUCUCUGUCACCUCGUUUGGUUUCGGUCAGAAGGGAGCUCAGGCUAUUGGUAUUCAUCCUAAGUACCUCUUUGCCGCCCUCGAGAGCCAUCAGUUCGCUGCCUACAAGCAAAAGGUCGAAGCCCGUCAGAAGAAGGCCUACCGCUACUUCCAUGACGGCCUCAUCAACAACACCAUGUUCCGCGCCAAGGACAAGGCUCCCUACGAUGACGACAAGAUGCAAGAGGUCUUCCUCAACCCCCGCGCACGCGUCACCAUGGAUAAGAAGACCGCCACUUACAGCUACCCGAAGAAGCCCGCCCCUGAACCGAAGAAGGACAAGAAGGCCGAAGAGACCCAGAAGAUGGUCGAGACCUUGACCAAGGCUACUGCUUCGGCGAACACCAAGGUCGGUGUCGAUGUCGAGAGCGUCAGCGCCAUCAACAUCGAGAACGACACCUUCAUCGAGCGCAACUUUACUGUGAAGGAGAUAGCCUAUUGCCAGAAGGCCGCCAACCCGCAGGCUAGCUUUACAGGCAAGUGGUCAGCAAAAGAGGCCGUGUUCAAGUCUCUGGGUGUCAAGGGUAAGGGCGCUGGUGCUGCCCUGAAGGAUAUCGAGAUCGGCAAUGACGAGACUGGUGCACCGAUCGUUCAGCUUUCUGGACACGCACAAGAGGAAGCAAAGCGCGUCGGUGUCAAGAGCAUCAACGUCAGCAUUAGCCAUUCGGACGAACAGGCCGUCUCCGUUGCCAUUGCGCAAUUCUAGAAGGCCUGCAUGUGUGUACAUUGCGAUUCAUGUUUUACACAAUCAGAUAGAUGAUGGCAUGAAACUUAGUAAGAACAGAUGUAUUAGUUCGUCUUGGCGUUGGUGUUUUGGGUCUUUUUUGUUGCGUAGACUCGCCAUACCAAUCUGCUACUCAUUGUAAUCCAAUUCGAGAUAAUUUCAAGCAUUGUCCCCUGCCUA